GCAGCAUGGCCGCCCGGCGAAGGAGCAGGGGACGGCCGGUUCCGGGCGGGAGCUCCCCGCUGGCCGGCGGGGCCGAGGGCGGGCCGGCGCUGCUGGGCGUCGCCGAGGCGGUACGGGCAGAAGAUGACAAAAUCCCCAAGAUGUUCCGGAGAGCCCUGGCGCAGCUGUCUCUGAACGGCAUGAAGGCCGCCAACAUCUGCAUCGGUCGCCCGGUGCUGCUCACGGCGGCGGGAGGAAGGCAGGAGGUCUGCACUGCCUGGCCCACUCCAGGCUUCCCAGGUGGGAAGAUUGGGCUGAGUGACACCAUACAGAAGAGCCUGAGAGUCAGAGUGGGUGAUGCCGUCACCGUGCAGCCCGUGACCGGUGCGGUCAUCCAAGCAGAGGAAGUUGCUGUAAAGAUGAGGGACAAAGAUGCCCAUAUUAAUGCUGAGGAAAUGUCUGUCUGUCUGCUGAGAAACUUAGAUGGGAAAGUUGUUUUACCAGAAAAUCUCCUGGCAUUCAGUUUCUAUGGCAAAUUGUGUAAUGUGGUGGUAAUGAAAGUGAAGGGGACUGACAGUCUGGAGCUGCAUGCCCAGGCUGGUGCCGUUUCCAGCGAGGUGUGUGAGCCAGACCUGGAGAAAUCUGACUUGGAGACGAGUGCACUGGAUCUGUCCUUACAGCUCAGCAGGAUGGACAUUGAUGAGGAUCCAGAGGCUGCAUCUGCAAGCACUCCAUGCAAACCAGUGUGUCUGGGUUCACCAGUUACACCCAGUUCUGCUGUGGCAGCCGCUGGUCAAGGUUCUCAGGGAGAUGAAACCUACAGCAGGGAAGGUACUGCAGACCUGGCUGCUGGUUUGGAGCUGCCCAGGAAAGGAGGCAGUGAGGGACUUCCAUCGGCUGCCAUACCUGGAGCAUUCAGCAGCACAGACACUUUUUAUUACAUUUCUUCAAGAACUAGAAUCAGUUUUAUAGAAACUAGGAUGAACAUAGCAGAAGAUAGUGACCACGGACCCCAAGUUACCUAUGACAUGAUAGGAGGUUUAAGCAGCCAGCUGAAAACUAUUAGAGAAAUGGUUGAACUGCCCCUGAAGCAAGCUGAACUGUUCAAGAGUUAUGGAAUCUCACCUCCUAGAGGAGUGCUGUUGUAUGGCCCUCCAGGUACUGGGAAGACUCUCAUUGCCAAAGCCAUUGCAAAUGAGGUUGGCGCUCAUGUAACUGUUAUUAAUGGUCCUGAAAUAAUAAGCAAGUUUUAUGGAGAAUCUGAAUCAAGACUACGUCAGAUAUUUGCCGAAGCUUCUUUACGUCGUCCUUCUAUUAUAUUUAUAGAUGAAUUGGAUGCACUCUGUCCAAAGAGAGAAGGGGCUCAGAAUGAAGUGGAAAAGAGAGUUGUAGCUUCCUUGCUGACAUUAAUGGAUGGCAUUGGCUCUGAAGGCAGUGAAGGGCAGCUUGUGGUACUUGGGGCCACCAAUCGUCCUCAUGUGCUAGAUGCAGCACUGCGCAGACCCGGCCGUUUUGAUAAAGAAAUAGAAAUAGGAAUUCCUAAUGCCCAAGACCGCCUGGAUAUACUACAGAAGCUUCUGAAGAAAGUUCCCCAUUCUCUCACAGCAGCAGAGAUGAUGCAACUGGCUGAUAGUGCACAUGGUUAUGUGGGUGCUGACUUAGCAGCCUUGUGCAAGGAAGCAGGUCUGUACGCGCUGCGGAGAGCUCUGGGGAAGAGAGCUCGCCCCUCAGACACCGAGGUGGCUGGGUCAGUGAUGAUUGCUUUCAAUGACUUCCUGCAGGGGAUGAAGGAUGUCAGGCCCAGCGCCAUGAGGGAGGUGGCAGUCGAUGUGCCAAAAGUAUCUUGGUCAGACAUAGGAGGACUAGAAGAUGUCAAGCUGAAAUUGAAGCAGGCAGUUGAAUGGCCUCUCAAACAUCCCAACUCCUUCAUCCGAAUGGGGAUUCAGCCUCCAAAAGGUGUGCUGCUUUAUGGACCUCCUGGAUGCUCAAAAACAAUGAUAGCGAAAGCUUUGGCUCAUGAAAGUGGCCUCAACUUCUUGGCAGUGAAGGGACCUGAACUGAUGAAUAAAUAUGUUGGUGAGUCAGAACGAGCAGUGAGAGAGAUCUUUAGGAAAGCCAGAAUGGUGUCUCCUUCGAUUCUUUUCUUUGAUGAAAUAGAUGCCUUGGCAGUUGAAAGGGGAAACUCUUCAGGUGCUGGAAAUGUAGCAGACCGUGUCUUGGCCCAGCUGUUGACGGAAAUGGAUGGGAUAGAGCAGCUGAAGGACGUGACAAUUUUGGCAGCUACAAACAGACCGGACAUGAUAGACAAGGCUUUGCUGAGACCAGGAAGAAUAGACAGAAUUAUCUAUGUGCCUUUGCCAGAUGCAGCCACUCGUGGGGAGAUCUUCAAACUUCAUUUUCAGUCCAUGCCAAUCAGUGAGGAAAUCUGCUUAGCCGAGCUUGUUCAGCACACCCACAAGUAUUCAGGAGCAGAGAUAACAGCAGUCUGUAGAGAAGCUGCCCUGCUAGCACUUCAAGAAGACAUCAAUGCCAAAUGUAUCUUGGGACGGCACUUUCGGGAUGCAUUGACGGUUGUGACACCAAGAAUUCCCGAUUCCUUAAUCCAGUUUUAUGCAGAUUAUCAGCAGCAAAGUGGACUGCACACGCUUUGAAAGGCAAACCAAUACCUAUGCCUGUUCAUGGUGUGAAUAGCAAAUUUCCAUUGUAAAGCUGACAAAAGCCAAAGAAUUUUGCAUUGUACGUGGAAUGUCCAAUGUUAACUCAAAUGUGAAAUCAUCAUAAUAAAUGCCCAUGUGGAUUUUUUGAGUGUAACAGAAAUCAUCUAAACUUUGUAUUUUACAUUUCCAAUGGCAUAAUCUGCAUGUCAGAGGCAGUAAGAGUGCUGGUUUAACUCAGUAUUUCUGAGUCUACACCCAUCUGUCAAAAACUAAUUCCCAAAAUCCAAAGUUUUAGUGGAUUCUUGGCCUUUAAAAGAACUGCAGUGAGUGUCAUUGCUGCCUUCGUUUGUUCGUGCCUCAAACCCAGUUUAAUCCCAGGGACCCUCCCAGCACGGCACAGACCUGGGGAGGGGCCUCACUACAAAAAUGCUGGAAAUUAUUCUGAAUCUUUUGAUUUAUGAUCUCCAGAGAAGCUGCCAAACAGGCUUGUCGACCAUAGCGUUUCCCUGAUUGAUUACAGCAAAGCAUUUAUCUUCAAUCUUCAGCAGCAAUGUUUCACGCAUGCUUUAAAGCGGGCACGUUACAAAUUGUACAUCACCAGGCUUCCAACGCAUUUCAGAAAGCAACCUGCAUCUGAUUCUUGCCUCACCUGAAACCACUUCCAGGCAUCAGUGAAAGAUAAUGUUGUUUGCUUCUAUCAACAUACGUAAAUAUGAGCGUUGAUUGGUAAUUUCCAGUCAGAGGAAAUCACAGCUCCAAAUGAAUAAGAAAACCUUACAAAAAGUGCUAUAAAUGACCACAAAAUGGUUUAGGGACAGAUAAGAUCUUUUCAAAUUACUUCUUUGUUAUAUCACCUGUUGAAACAGCAGCAGAUAUUUCUGGGCUCUCUGCUCUUGCACUUGAUGUAAGAAUUAAUUAAGCAAAUUGAUCUUCAGCAUUCUUCCCCACGGUGGAAAGGCAGCUUUUCUAUUCUGGGAGUGAAAAAUAAAGGGAAUAAUGCAACAAAACCAAUCUGAACUUAAA